AUGCACGAGCUCUUCCUCACGGCCGUCGUGCCCGACGCCGACAUUGAGCGCGCCAAGGCCCUGCUCCAGGGCCUGUCGGGCAUGACCGCCCGCGGCACCGUCCACCGCAUCCUCUACUUUGCAGGACCGCCGCAGCCCCGCGGGCUCGCCGUCAAGCGCGCCAUCCCGCAGCCCAUCCAGCCGGCCCAGGGCCGCCUGUGGACCGAGCUGCACCAGCAGAUGGUGCGGCAGUCGUUUGUCCUGCAGGCGCGCUACCCCGUCAACCGCGACGAGCUCGGCGCCGCGCCGGGCCCGGCCACGUCGCCCGGGGCGGCCGCCAUCCUGUCGGGCGCCGCGCAGGGCACGCUGCGCUGGACCGACAUCCCCGACCCGACGGGCGGCAGCAGCACCACGGGCAUCACGCGGCUGGUGACGCAGCGCAAGAAAGUCGAGCUGCCGGAGACGCGCAACCUGCCGGCCAUUCUCACCGACAACGGCUACCGCUUCAAAUCCGAACUCAUCGAAGAGUCCUUCAUCUUCUACAGCAACGGCAACGAGUACGUCCUCGCCCGCUACCACCGCCUGCCCAGCGCCGCACCGGCCGCACCGGGCACCCCCCCAACGCCCCUGGCGGCCCUCCCGUCUUGGGACCAGAUCACAAACAGCGCCGGCGUGGACCCGUCGCGCCAGUGGCUCUUCUUUGUCCGCCGGCACGUCGUGGACGACACGUCGCCCGACAAGAUGAAGAAGGCCGUCGAGGCGCUCGAGGCCGCGCGCGCCCAGCUCACGGGCAUCUUUGCGUUUGUGCCGGUGGACCGGCGGGCACACGACACGCGCAUUGAGCGGCCGGCCGGCGGCGGGAAUGUGGGACUGCCGGCGGCGCAGGCGCAGAAACUCCGGACGUGA